CUGUGUAAUACAAGAGAAAAUAUUCAUCGGCCACGACCCUCCACCAGCCCACAACUCACCAUAAUCCCUCAUCCGCCGCCCCUACAAACCGUCCACAACCCCAGCAUGCCCGACAUAGACUGCAUCCGCGACGCCAUCGCAGCCUACCCCGGCGUGAAAGUCGGCUUCACAAUUUACAGACUCACCUACGGCGACGACGCGUCGUGGGCGCGCUACAUGCACCACCUCAACACGCGCGUGCGGCUCAACCUCGAGGCCGAGGGCGCUGGUGACGUCUUUGCGCAUCUUGACUGGGAUGUGCAGGAAGACCCUCAGCUGCAGGAUGCGGACGAGGAUACGGUGCGCGAACGCUUUAAGACGUACGUGACCCAGCACCCCGAUCUCGCAUACGGCGGCCCGCGGUUCGAAGCAUGCGUUGCCGUUACGCAGGAUGAUGUGGACGCGGUUCUAGAGGGUCCAGGGCCGGAGGUCUUCACCAUUGACGAUACGGGGUAUGUCACGUUGGUUGCGGUUAGAGAGGAGGAUGGGUCGCAGGGUGUGGCGUUUCCGCUGCUGUUUCCUAGGGUGUACUCGCUUAUCGACGGGCUGGGGUGGGAUCACAUCCACGAUGAGGACGGUGAUAUAUUUGCCCAGUAAGAUAGAUAAAGCAAUGCAGGUCCACUUGCGUUGAUGGAGCCAUUCAAGGUGUGCAC